AUGGGUGCCGCGUUGUCCAUCUUUGGAAAAAUAAACGAAGAAUCGCCUCACUUUUCCUUGCUCAAGAAAACAGCGGAGUAUGAAAUCCGACGCUACGCGCAAGCAAUCGCGGUCGAGACGAGCUACGAAGCGGAACACGUGUUAGGAGGUCAAGGGAAGAGUUUCAUGUCCCUGGCGAAAUACAUAGGCGUGAUGUCGAAACCAGAAAACGAGCGAGAGGAGAAGAUUUCCAUGACGGCACCGGUGUCCAUGGGAAAAGUGGUCGAAGCGCCUAAAGGCGAUAAAGAACAACAACGGUAUAACAUGCGAUUUUUCCUACCCGCGAGCGAGAUUAAGUCAAAAAGCGAAGCACCGCAACCAUCGAAGGAGAACGUGAGAGUGGUGGACGUUCCGGAACGAACCGUGGCGGUGAGAACGUUUAGCGGGUACUUUCGGAAAGCGAACGUGGACGAGAAUACGAAGGCGUUGCUGGAGAGCUUGAGAGGAGACGAGGAGGUGAAGAACGUCAAGGAGGAUCACGUGGAAGUUUUCGGGUGGAAUCCGCCGUGGACCAUAUCUUUUCUGAGGACGAACGAGGUGCUGGUGCCGUGUGAUUUUGUGCCUUUGAAGAAAUAA